AUGCCUCCAAAGAAACAGACCAAGAACGAAAAAAAGAAGGCCCAAAAGGUCGUCGAAGACAAAACCUUUGGCAUGAAGAACAAGAACAAAUCGGCAAAGGCUCAGCGCUAUAUCCAACAACUACAGAGUCAGGCUAAGCACAAUGCCACACAAAACCAAGACAAGAGCAAGGCGAAGAGCGUGGAUAAGAAGGAGGAGGAUCGAAAGCGACGAGAGGAACUUGCCGAGCUCUUUAAGCCUGUUCAGACACCACAAAAGGUGCCAUUUGGCACUGAUCCCAAAACCGUACUUUGUAUGUACUUCAAGCAAGGCCAUUGUGAGCGAGGAGCCAAGUGCAAGUUUUCACACGACCUUAACGUGGAUCGUAAGCAACAAAAGAAAGAUCUUUAUACCGAUUCUCGAGCAAACGACACAAUGGAGAAUUGGGAUCAAAAGAAGCUCGAGGAAGUCAUCAAUAAGAAGAGCAGCAAGCAACCUCCUACCGACAUUGUGUGCAAGUUCUUUUUGGAAGCCAUUGAAAGCAGCAAAUAUGGAUGGUUUUGGGAAUGUCCAAAUGGCGGUGAUAAUUGUAAAUACCGUCAUGCAUUGCCACCUGGUUUUGUGCUGAAAUCCCAACAGGCAAAGAAGGCUGAAAACAAAAAGGAGAUCUCUUUGGAAGAAUUCUUGGAGAGCGAGCGUCACAAACUUGGUUCUAAUUUGACACCAAUGACCCUUGAGACUUUCCAGGAGUGGAAGAAGAACCGUGUUGCCAAGAAGGAUGCAAAGGAACAAGCUGAGCGUAAGGCUAAGGAAACUCGCAUGAAAGCUGGCCGAUCACAAGGCAUGUCCGGUAGAGAUUUGUUUGAAUUCAACCCAUCACUGGCUAUGGAGGAGGAUUAUGAUGAUGAAGCUAUGGAUCUUUCCAUGUAUGAACGGCACGAUGAUGAUGAUGAUGAGGAGGAGAACCAGGUUAGCCAAGGUGUACAAAACAUGUCUGUGCAGGAUGCCGCUCAAAGCGGCAGCUCUGCCUAA